AUGGGUCGGAAAAAGAAUAAGCUUUAUCCCGACGAAUAUAAGAAGCGGGUUCAAGGAAUGAACCACACGCUGAAGCUUCGUGACAAAGUCGAGUACAUUGCCACAAUUUACUCAAGAGAGAGUAAAUAUAAAAGGUGGAGGCCUUCAUGCAGAUUCGAUCGAAUUGAAGAAGAAUCAGACAAAAUUUUCGCUGAAACCAAAGCCCAACUUGCCAAAUAUGUCAACGAACGAAAAACUGCAGAAACAGAACGCGGCUCCCACCUUCUUGGUAAACUCUUGAGAUUCUUCAGCAAAGAUGAAUUGCAGACGAUACUUGCCAUUUGCAACAAUCACCCAAACUACAUGGAAUACACAACUGAUCUCUUGAAUCCGUAUAAAUUUCCGCCGCUCAAUUCCAUCACCGAGCCAGCUGAAGAAUUGCCCCCGAGUGAGUCCGAGAAACCGCCAGAAUCCUUCAAACAACGCGAACUCAACCACACUGACGAUAGUAGACUACAUAAGUUCGGACGUGCAGUGUCACUAGGAUUGCCGAAAGCCGAUGGGAGAAUGAAACGCCCAGAAGAGGGAGAAAUACGGCCCAUUAUUCUUUCCGAAGCUACCUCUUGGGUAAAAACGAAAAAAGGCGGACGAAAGGAUCAAAUCAAAUAUCUAUUCGUGCAGACCUUCGAUUCCCUCCUGGAGCAGAAUGACCACUUUAAGAAACUUCAAGAGAACAUUAAAGCCGUCAGAGACGAUCAAACGAUACAAUUUCGGUUCCACUAUAAUAGAAAAAUCCGGUACCUAUUGGGAGGACAGGUCGCCCCAGACGUCAUCAAACACGUGAUCAAACUCUUCGAGCCAUUGCUAUUUAUAACGAGGGAGAGGCAAACGCAAGAAAAGGAUAAGGACUCGGAAAUCGAUUCGGAAAGUUCAGAAGAGGAGAGUGACGCGGAAGAUAAUUCAGACGAGAAUUCUAUGCCGAUGUUGACUGAUAUGGAAACAAAUAAAGCAAGCAUGGAGAGAACAAGACUCUGGCUUUUGGAUAACGAACCACCAAACCUCAAUUCGAUUCAUAACUCAAAUCAUGAUGAAUCGGCCAACGAGCAUGAAGAACAGGACUCGCCAAGUCAAUCAAAUACGUCAACUCCACAAUUAUGGAAGGAAGUGGACCCUAAACUACGCGCAAAGCUUCUCAGUGGCACAUUACCAGGCGCAGAACCUACUAGUAGCCGACCAUAUGCAAAAAAAGCGGUUAAUCUUUUUGACUCCGACGACAGCCAAAAAACUACACUGCAAAAAGACGAUGAAACUGCCGGCAGACAUGAACCAAAUUCAUAUCCCACAACUCAACAACAGAAUGAACUGGUCAACGUCAAUACGGAGAAAAGUAAAAACACUACGACUACUACAGAUGAAACGGCAGAUGAGGAAAGAAGAACUGAAAAGGAGGAUGAAAACAUUGAUGAAACGAAAGGACACCCAGAAGAAGAUGAGACGGUAGAAAAUCAUCCACAGGAUGGACCAGUUGACGAGCGCCCGGAGAAAAAUUCAAACGUUCAGCCGCAUACAGAUACAACGACAAUUGAUGCCCAACGUUCUGGCACCACGAAAAAGGAUGAACAGAGUGCAGCCGUCCAAAGAAGCAAUUCGAAGUACUCUGAAGUUGCAGUCGCAAACAAGACCAAUAACAACGAAUCUUUCUGUGCAGAAUAUGACGGGGAUCAAAAAUCAACAAGUCAAAAUGUUGAAUCAACAAAUCUCCCAAAGCUUCAGAAAGAUGCGGAUAACAUAAUUGAAGAAGGCACGGAGAAAACGAACAAUGCUCUUCAAGAAAAGAACAUAACCACGGCAAAUGAUGCGCAAAUUUCUGGCACCAGCAAUAAGGAUGAACAGGGUGCAGUCGUCCAAACAACUAUUGCACCUGCAAUCAGCAAGUCGAAGUCUUCUACAGAUGAAGUCGAAAACAAGACCAAAAACGACGGAGAUUUUGGCGCAGAAACUGUCGCGGACCAAAAAUCAACAAGUCAUCGUGUUGAACCAACAAAUCACCCAGAACGCCCGGAAGAUGCGAAGAGAAUCGAAGAAGGCACGGAAAAUACGAACAAUGCCCUCCAAGAAAAGACCGCAACAACGAGGAACGGUGCGCAAAAUUCUGGAGCCAGCAAAAAGGAUGAACUGAGUACAGUCGUCCAAACAAGCAUUGCACCUGCAAACAGCAAGUCGAAGUCUUCUGAUGAUGAAGUCGCAAACAAGACCAAGAACGGCGCAGAUUUUGGCGCAGAAACUGACGCGGGCCAAAAAACAACAACAAGUCAUCGGGAUGAACCAACAAAUCACCCAGAACGCCCGGAAGAUGCGAAGAGAAUCGAAGAAGGCACGGAGAAAACGAACAAUGCUCUUCAAGAAAAGACCGCAACAACGGGAAACGGUGCGCAAAAUUCUGGAGCCAGCAAAAAGGAUGAACAGAGUACAGUCGUCCAAACAAGACUUGCACCUGCAAUCAACAAAUCGAAGUCUUUUGAUGAUGAAGUCGCGAAGAAGACAAAGAACGACGGAGAUUUUGGCGCGGAAACUGACGCGGACAAAAAAUCAACAAGUCAUCGUGAUGAACCAACAAAUCACCCAGAACGCCCGGAAGAAGCGGAGAACACAAUUGAACAGGACGUGGGAUAUACGAACGAUUCUCUUCAAGCAGGGAACAAAACAGCGAACGAAACGAGCAAGCAGACAGUCACUCAACCAAUAUCGACGCCUAAAUCUGAUUCAUCGACAGACGAAGACGAUUCUUAUGAAAUUGCGAAAAGAAGCAGAGAAGUAUGGAAGAAAACGGUUACUGGGUCAUCAUACAAUGACCGAAAUGUCAAACAUAUCAAGCUUUCCGAUGCCAACAGAAGAAAGAAAGACAGAGAAAAUGAUAGAGCGAGAACAAAGGCGGAUAAAGAAAAGAUAGAGCGAAGGCAAAAAAACAAAAAGCAACUACGAAGGCAGCCAUGA